UUUCAACGGUUCCAAGCUAGCGCGAUGCAUUGCUGGAUGUAUUUAUGUUGCUGACGGACACUAUGUGUUGUACUCAUGCGAUGCAACCAUCGUUACAGCGACUGUAAUCCGCGCAGGGCAGGAUGCCAGGAUGCUCAUGACAGCCCAACUAUUCAACAUGGAAGUGCAGUAUCAUGGUGGCCGCUGUUAGGAUACACGUUGCUUCUGGCCCGCUAUAAUUAUCCCUGUCCACCAUGAUACCCCAACCCAAGUUGGGCUCACCUCGAGCAUGUCGCAGGUACAAUUGCAGUGCUUUGUUGGGCAAUGCUAGAUAUCGACAACGGCGGCGGGGGUCGACUGUCUGUUGGAUCUCUAGACGAUCUCACGACUGCCGCUCAAGCUGGCUUGUUCCUCCUCGCCCAAAACGAAGACCUCCAAGUCCAAAUCACGGAGCUGACGGCCCAAGUAGCCCACCAAUCGCACGAGCUUGAGUUGGCCGCUGCCAAGUACGACUCGUGCUGGCGUCAGCGAUGCCUCGCCAUGAAAGAAGUGACCGACGUGCUCAAGGAGAACCACCAGCUGCAGCGCGACCUCAAGCAUGCAAUUGCACGUGCUCUCGAGUUGGAGCGCGACGCCGCCCAAAUGGAGUCUCGCCUCCACGUUGCUGAAAGCGCACUGAAUCGCAUCGUCCAGCAAGACACUAAACAACAAAAGUCGCCACCGUUGCAGAAAUCAAAAUGGAGUGCAAAGCAGGUCUCAACUGAUGACGACGUUCGAGUGCCAGAACGGGGACCAUCCACCACUUUGUUGGAAAGAUACGCUGAAGGAUUGGAAUUUGGCAACACGGCAAGAGCAGAGCCUCCAAACCAAGCAGAUUCGGAAGUCGAAGACAGGGACGGUCACCCGACGGCUGUGCGAACGGCCACACCGCAAACCUCCUCGCUAGCAUCGGCCUUGCUUAUGGUGGACUUGGCCGCGAAGCUGGACAAAUUGGCCCCACUGGAGCAUUUGUACCGUCAAAGCGUGGCUGCACUCGAAGUCCAGACCAAACACGUCCAAGAAUUGCAACUGGAGCAAGCAGAAGAACGAGACUUGAUUGCUAGCAUGCGUGGCGUGAUUGCCGAACUCAAACAGCAUAUUCACCACCUCGAGCUAUCAACUUCGACGACUCCGCUGGACGACAAGGAAGGCGAAAGCAUUGACACCAUCAUACCCGAAACCCUCUCCAGUGACCGCGCGAACAACAUCGUUCCAGCAGCGUCCGUGUCGGAGGUCAUUUCCAAAAGCGACUGCGGAGGCAGCUGCCAGCAUUUCCCCCAAUUUAAGUCGCUAGGCGUUCCCUUGAUGCUUGAAGGCACGCACCAGUUGGUCGAACAGCUAAAAGCCCACACACCCUUGAUGUGGAGUCGCCCCAUUGGCAGUGUGGUGACAUCACAUCACCUACCGAGGUCGCCACCCCCGAAUGUUCCCAGACAAUGCCAUGCCGCCAUCGCGUGCUUGCAAGACAUUUGGCCCGCGGCGACGGAAGCCGAUUUUAUGGACUUAACGGACUGGCUGCAUCUUGCGUUUCGAGGCACGGGGCUGCACCGCCCCCUUCACAUGCGCAAUUUGUCCGAGGACACCGUGGCGCAGAUCGUUUCAACGUUGGUUCCGCUGUUGCAAUCUGCGUGUCACCGGACAGUGGACAUUGCACUGUUCGACCGUGUGCAGUAUACCACCGACGUCAUCCUUCGCUGCUAAUCCUACAUCGCAGCAGUCCUUCAACCUUGUUGUAAUAGCGACGACAUGCCACCCCUUCUCCAUCCCCCUCGCCCAAGAUGAUCGAGUUUUUAUUUUUUAAUAUCGACGCAUGCUUUCUAAGUCAACGAUGCCUUGAU